CCGCGUGCCAGGCACAGUCCCCUCGUGUCGCGUGUGUCCCCUCGCCCCAGGAAGGAGCCAUGGCCCCGCGCCCGCCGCUGUUGUUGGUGGCCUGCGCUGCUCUGGCGCUGCUGCCGCUGCGGCCCCGCGCGGCCCCGGCCCAGCCCGCGUACCCCGGGGACGACGCGCCCGUGGAGGAUCUGCUGCGCUUCUACAACGACCUGCAGCAGUACCUGAACGUGGUCACCCGCCCGCGGUACGGGAAGCGGGCGGGCGGGCGAGCGCUGGCCGAGGAGCCCCGGGGCGCCCCGGGGUGCUGAGCCCCAGGGACACGGCCGGGGCCGAGUGGGUGAAGAAGCCGAGAAGGUGCAGCACCCCCGCCCCC